GCGCAUGUGAGUGAAUUGAACGGACCAGGAAAACGCUGAUCUACUUAAGACUUGUCAGUGACAUUUACAGCAUGUACUGAUUUCAUCUCGCUCAGUAGGGACUAAUGAACCGAUAAGAGGUGGAUUUGACAGGUAGCUGUAACAGUAAGAACUGCUUGUUAGAAGGCAUGAUCACGAAGUACGACGAUUUAACCAUGAGUGUGUCCAUGUCUGUGUUUCUGUGUCAGUGUGCAGCCUGUCAGGAUGGCAGAGGGCUUUUUAAUGGAGGUGUGUGUGGACUCAGUGGAGUCUGCUAUCAAUGCUGAACGAGGAGGUUGGUAAAGUGUAACUACUAACACUAUUGUGGCCUUUUUUCCACUAUCAAAAUCACAUUUGCACUAGUACUGAAGAUUUGAUUAAAGCACUUUAACCAUUAGGGGAGACCGGGGUAAGUUGAGCCACCCCCUGCUGCUUGAAAAUGGUAAAAAAAAAAAAAAAAAGAUCAUGUGACCAAAUAUUUAGGAGAUGGGCAUCAAUUCAUGGAGCCUGUGAUAGUGAUGGGCACAGCAGUUCUUUUAGAUGUACAGAAUCACUAGAAUCAGUUCACUAAAAGAUUCGUUCAAAUGAGGAUCUGAGUUAUGAGCUGAUUCACACUAACACUUCUGAAUCUACGAGAUUCAAAAGGUUUGGAGACAUGACCAUUCUCAUAUUACUAUGUUUUUUUUUUGUUUUUUUUUUUACCAAACAGCUUUUUAGCAGUUAUAUACAAUAAUAAUAAUAAAAAUAAUUAUUGUACCAGUUGAAUAGCGCAUAAUAGAUAAAAAUACAAAUGAAUGUGAAGAAGUGACUGUUAUUUAGGGAGAGAGAAGGUGAGGGAGGGCUGGGAUGGAGAGUGAAGGGGUUGUAGGGAUAUGGCUCAACUUACCCGAUACAUGGGGUAAGUUGACCAUGGGAGACCACUUUUUUUAACAUGCUAUAUUAUCAAGACAGUUCUGUUUACACUCUUUCUAUUGGUUUGCAGGGAUGAACAACAUCUUGAAAUAUCUGCAGAUACACUAGUUAGAGACAAAACUAUGAUUGACUUGAUGUAGUGAUCCGAAAUAUGAAAAAUAGCUCAUCUUACCCCACUCUCCCCUAUACUAAUGUUGUGUUCAAAAGACACAAUCGGACUGCUGUCUCACAGGUCUUAUCUGCACUUCUCUAAUGCCACGAUGUUUCAUUUCUCAAAGGUCAUGUUGCAUAAAAGUGUACACCGUGUGAACUACCUUCAGCAUUUUUAUUUGAUCACAGGUGCAGGCCGUCUUGAACUGUGUUCCAGUCUUCUGGAGGGAGGGCUCACUCCCAGUCUAGGUGUGCACAGUCCUGUUAUAUUCACAUGAAACAAACGUUGAGUAACUGCAGAAACCAGACAAGCACACAGGAUCACUAAUUGCCAUUUUUCCCACAGGUCUUCUCCAGAUAGUGAAGCAGUAUGUCAAAAUUCCAGUCUAUGUGAUGAUACGGCCCCGUGGUGGAGACUUCCUGUACUCAGACCGGGAGGUGGAAGUGAUGAGGAAGGAUGUCGAGCUGAUGAAGAGUCACGGGGCUGAUGGACUCGUGCUGGGAGCCCUGACAGAGGAUGGACGGGUGGAUGCAGAGCUCUGUAUGGAGUUUCUGGGUAAUGUGUGUUUGUAUAUUUGGAGUUGUGACAAGAAAAUGUCAACAUUACAUCAUUAGUUGGUUUCUGUGUUCACAACACUUCAAACUUGAGCAGCUUACGACGCUCAGAUCCAUCUGGAAUCAGGGGAGGAAUCUCUGACUUGUCAGUGGUUCAUCCUUUUUUUUCUUCUUUCUCUAAUAAUCACUUUCUUUUUCUUUGUAGCUGCAGCCAGACCUCUGCCUGUCACCUUCCAUCGAGGUACUUUAAUCACACACACACACUUGAAACACACACUCUUAUUUGUAGCUGUUUAUAAUGAGCCGAAUACAGAGCAGGAGUGCAUUUGAGGUGCUUUCAUUAUUGAUGAUUAUAGGGGACGCCUACAAUGUGAGGUGAUAAGAGAUGUGAUUAUGAAUCUGAACGUGUUUAUUAACUGACAUUCAUCCUGCUGCAGCUUUUGACAUGGUUCAUGACCCAGCAGUCGCUCUGGAAACUCUGGUUUCAUUGGGCUUUCAGCGUGUGCUAACCAGUGGCUGCGACACAUCUGCUUUGGAGGGGCUGCCUGUCAUUAAACGGCUCAUAGAUCAAGUAAGUAAAUAAAACAUCCACAUUAGUUUUUGACUUCAUAUCGUUAUCAAACAUCACGUAACAUUCUUCACCUUUUAUUUCUCUUCACAGGCUAAAGGAAGAAUCGCCAUCAUGCCAGGUUAGUGCUUCAUUUUCUCUCAUGCAGCUUUCUUUGUUUUUUCCUUUUUCUGACUUGUUCAUGAUCUUAAAGGAGGCGGCAUCACAGAGAGGAACCUGCAGAGAAUUUUAGAGGGUUCAGGAGCUCAAGAGUUUCACUGCUCCGCCCGCUCCAGUAAGGACUCCGCCAUGAAAUUCAGGUAUGAUUUAUUCCCGUCCCGAAUGAUGCUCAUAAACAUUCAAAGCGGUCUCAAUUUGGAGAUAAACUUUUGCUUUGCUGCUGUUUGUUCCCAUGUGCAGAAACACGUCUGUGACAAUGGGUGCCUCUUUCUCAGCGCCUGAGUACGGCCUGAAGGUGGCAGAUGUGUGCAAAGUCCGGACCCUGAAUGCAAUCGCCAAAAACACAUUAUGAAUGGGUACUGCACAAUCACAACAGACAACAAACAGAUACCUCAGAGUUUCAGUGAUCAGUUUCCAAAAGCCCAGACAUGAAGUUCAUUUCAGAGUUCACUUUCCUCCUCCUUUUAUAAGAAUCAAUCAAUCUUUUGUAAAGUUAUUGAAGUAUCUCUCAGUGAGCUGUAAGGGGUCAUUUCUGUUUUUCUGAGUAAACCUGUUUGUUGACUGAGAAAAAGUGACAAAUGGACGAUAAUCUGGAGAAUUUCAAACUUUUGUUCACUUAAAAACUAGAAAGAGCACUGCUCAGGGUUGCUACUUUCAGAAGUGUCUUUCUUACCCUUUGCCCUGUUGUGAAGUGUUAUUUCCAACGCUCUUUAUUUAUAGUGUAAUAUGAUGAUAAGCUGUGACCUUCUGUGAUAAUCUAACAAAGACAGACUCAUUAUGACUUGAAUCAGUUAUUUCAGAAUUGAACUGAAAUCACCUCAAAAGAGAAAAAAUCAGUGAUUCAGUGCACUUUUUGUUCUUCAUGUCCUCCACAUUAAAGACAUCUUCUCUUUCAUUUCAUUCAAUAAAUGAUGGCAUACAUAUGCAGAAUCACGCUUCAUUAAUUCAGUCGUUAAAGAGGUUUGAAAUUCAUUUACUGUCUUCUCUGUUCUUGUUGAUAUCUAAUCAAGCUGAUCCUCGAAUGAUUGAGGUCUCAUGAAGCAAGGAAAGGAAGAUAAAUAUUUAAAUAGUUCACGCCAAACACAAAAUGAAACAUGAGAAAUGAAAGAAAGAUGACGACAACAAGUGACAGGCUGAAGAACGAUUGUUUAGAUUUGAAGAAGGCCGAGGCUGAAGCCAGUCUGAGAUAGUCUGUUUGAUUCCAGCUCAAGGUUGUGCUGGUUAACGUCUUCCUGAAGAACAAAAUGUCCUAAUGGGUUUAUAUUCUUCGAGAACAUGUGAAGAACACUUGGUCCUAAGAUUAGUGAGUGAUUUAUAACCUAGCUGCAGCAGCACAUCAAAAUAAACAAAGUAGAGUGCAAAUAUUCAAUAACCAGAGUGAUGUACUAUGAUCUCUUAAACUCUCUGAGGAGGUUUGAUUGUAAAUGUGUAAAAAUAUCAGGGUAGGAUGUUUUUUUUUAGGUGCCAGGAGGCUGUAGAGAGACCACUGAAGUUGUUCACCAUGACAGAAUAAAUGAUGGUUGACGUGAGUCCAGAUCUGGUCUGGACUUGAGACCUUCAAAGAUUUCUUCUUUUAAGACGAUUAAAAACUGACUUAUGGCUCCUUGUUGAGGAGCUGAAACUUAUCCCCAAGUUUAUUAUGAAACUUUUAUCUUCAGUUUUCAUUUUUAUUGUUGUGGCAUCAAACUCUGCAAUAUCUUCAGUCCCUCGAAAUGUAAGGAUUUAUGUCUGUUUUUAACUUUUUUAAGUGUUAUUGCAUCAAGUCAAAUAACGCUCUUAUAUUGAUAGUGAUUUAAAGGGACAAUAGACACUUGUAUGAAGAACAAAGUAAAUCUGGGCACCAUCUACGUGGUUAUGAUAAAGAGCAUAUUGUGUUACAUGUUUUGACCAAGCGAUAAUUUAAAAAAAGGCCUGAGUAUUGUGCCCUGAGGGACUCCACAUCUCCUGCUAACCCACCCGUGUCUUGCCUUCAGGAUAUGAUCUCAGCAAACUGUAAAACAAAAAUACAAUUUCAAUUUCACAUGAA